GGAAGGGGGUGGGGGCACUGUGCUGCUCUCCAUUCAAUAACCCCGGUAAUGACAGCUCCACAAAGAUCAGCAAUCCGAAGAUGAAUAAUGCAGUUGCUCCUUCCGCAAGCUUUGGGGGAGGGAAAUCUUGUUUUCCAGUACAGCUGGCUGGCUGAGUAUUUUUAUCCUACGGUUAUGAAAGAUUAUAUCACGUGUUUUAUGAGGGGAGUGCAUGGUGUUUGUUUACUGCAUCCAUAGGAUGUGGUGAUAUUUGAUUCCACUGCACUCUGCCUUAUACGCAGAAAAGGUUGGAGUCCUUUGUUUAAGAUUGUGAAAAAAUGAUGUAAAAAAAGAAAAAGGUGUAACUUGCAAGUACUCUUUAAAAGGAAUAAUAAUGGGACCGGGCAUUCAAGAUUAUCCCUUACUACCGCAACGAGGGACAAUGAAAAAGGACAGCCAAAUCCAUGAAACCCACAAAGGAAUGGUAAUUUCCAGUGGUGGAAAGGGACAUCCAAGUACCAAAGGACUAGAGAAACCACUUUCCCCUGUGAGACCUUCUCCCAGCAGAUUAAGCAAAAGUAUUUUAAAUACCACCAAAAAGACUUUCCGUUGCACCCAGGAUGAUAGUCAACCAAGUUUUCUUUACAAGGAAAGAAACAGGCUAGAUGAGGCUCAUCAGCAAAACAGAAUGAUGAGUGUUUGCACAUCACUGUACAAAGUACGAGGGGCAAAGAAGGACCUCACAGAAAGAAAGCAAAGUGAAUCUGGACUACACAGAAUCCCUUCCAAUUUGAAGGGGAAUUCACAAGGUGGCUCCAGUAGGGCAGAAGAUGUUCUGAUGCAAAGAUUUUAUUCUAAUCAAAAAGGAGAAUCUCAAAGAAGUCUUGGAGAGCAUGUGACUGAAGCUGUCUGUUGCACUUCUAAAUAUCCAGGGACCUCUGUGAAUGAGAUGUUUCUUGACUUUCAAUCAGUGAGAAUUAUUCAAGAGGAUGCUGCUGAGGACAGUGCCAGUGACCUUUCUGACUCAGAAAGAAUUCCCAUUCCUCCUUCCCCCUGCACACUGCCAGAACUCAACCUCAGAGCUGAAGAAAUUGACCCAGAAUGUUUUGAACACCUCUUUGAUGCAGGGUAUAAAGAAUCAAUGUAUUAUUAUCCUGACUUCCUCCCACCUCCUUUCAACUCCUGGGACCUGCAGCAGCUGGCAAUGUUUGUUAACACGGAGUGUAAAUCGGAAUCUCGACCACAACCAGCAGGAUUUAUUGAGAAAUAUAUCGAUCGGCUUUUGCAGCUGGAGUGGCUGCAGGUACAAACUAUACAGCACGAGAAAGGAAAGACAGCCAAAGCUAGGCCUCAGACGGCUCCUAGUAUCGUUCGGACCCUAAAAAGCCCUGGCAAAGGCAAAUCAUUGCAUAGCCCUUCGCCUAACAAGCCGUUAACUCCCAAAGAAAGUGUGAUAAAGCUCCGCACCAGCCUUUCAGGUCACAGAAGAGAUGUACACUGUGAAGAAAAUAGCCAGUUAAAUGCAUAUCCAAGUCACUCAAAAGUUGCUGAGGUUAUGGGUGGCACGUCAUCCCCACAGAAACAUGCCUGUGAAACGAGGAAUGAGAUGAAAAAGAGGUCAGCCACCAAGCCGCAACUUCUCAAUAUGCAGCCCUGUGCAAGCAGCUCUAAGAUUCAGGAUGUUGGUAUUCAGGAUAUUGGUAACAUUAGACCCCUCAAACAAUGUCCCAAGUUCCAUAGUUCAGCUGUCCCCACCCAGGGGCAAAAAACACAGGCAUGUUCAAAUCUGAAGAAGAAUGGAAAUGCUAAUAAUUAUGUUCCUUCCAAGAAACCAACAGGGGACAGGAAGUUAAAAACAAAUGGUGUGAAGCAAACAUCAUGUACAUUUAAAUAAUGAAGAAGAAUUAAUUAGUAAUUUGGCAAUGCAAUGCUGACUGCUGGAGUGUGGAGGGGCCAUGGUUUUUCCAUCAGGAAAUCCUGUAGAAAAUUGUUCUUGCUGCAAAUUUCUGCACAUUGGACCUUAAACUAGCAGGGCCAACAGGGAAUAUUUUUCUCUGAAGACAAAUGUCUUCCACUGGUCUUUACUCAAAAGGUAGACACUUGCUUAUAUAAGAAGAUUCUAGCUAAUAAAGUUAGGAAAACAUAAAAUGUCUGAUUUCUUCUCAUGCUGACACCCAUGUAACUUCAUUGACUUCAGUGGAGUUACUCCUGAUUUACACUGGUGUAUGUGAGAGGAGAAUCAAAUCCAUACACUCUCCAUUGAGCAGACACACGCGUAUGCCAUAUAGGGUGAGACAGAUUUGCUUUUCUUUCUGGUGGAGAAGAGUUUAGUUGAUUUUAUAAGAGAAUGGAACUAGCCAGGCUCAUCUAUGCAAAGUUAAAGUCUCUGAUUCUUGAGGGAAGAGCACAAAAUCGGACUGUUUGGGGAGCAGAGAAUGUUUUGAAGUAAUCUUCUGAGUCAGAAGAGAUUCUACUAGUUAAAAUCAUACCACUGCUAAAGGACUGACAUCUGCUUAUCUGGUGAUAGGCCAAGGAUAUGGUCUGAAUAUUUUUAUACAGCUACCUUUGUUGUAGUCUUAGACCAUUUUCCUUAAAGUCCACCUUGUAGGUCUUGCUGCUUUAUGUCAUUUAGAAGGUGACCCUCUUACCACUAUUACCACUCAAGCAAGAGAUCUUGGAGUCAUCCUGCUUAGUUCUCUGAAAACAUCUGCUCAGUGUGUAAUGGCAGCCAAAAAAGCAAAUAGAAUGUUAGGAACUGUUUGGAGAAGGACAGAUAAGACAGAAAAGAUCAUAUAAUGCCACUAUAUAAAUCCAUGGUACUCCCACACCUGGAAUACUGCAUGCAGUUCUGGUCACCCGUAACAGCGUGCACUCACCUCUCGUGAGCACCCCCUUGGCCGAGUGCACACACUUUGAUUGUUCCUCCUCUGGGAUAGAGCAGCACCCCAGGGCUUCCUCCCUGGAGACAAUGUCUUUGCCCCCUUGGGGCUUCCUGGCUACAGCUCUCCAUCUGGGUCACUAUAGUUCAGUUCCCCCUCUGGGGCACCUCACUGUCCAGGCCACUUCCCCCCAGUGGCUAAUGGGGGAUGAGGUGAGGGAGACCCAGGCCCACCCACUAAUCCAGGGACCCUGUAGAUUGCAGCCAUCCGCUGUAUCCCUUUAACUAUAUUGCAAGGCUUCUCUAAUUCCCUGAGCCACUUCCCCACAGCCCUGCACUGUCUUCACCCUUACCUCAGGACCUUGUCCUAACAGAGUCCCAGCAACCAGCUCAUGGCUCCUUCUCGCUCUCCGCAGCUUCUAGCAGCACUGCCCUGUCUGGGGUCUGUAGCUCUGUCAGCCAGCCACAUACCAUCCACACUCCUACAGCUCCAGCAAGCAACUGAUCUUCCACUGGCCCUGCAGCUUUUCUUAUACGAGGCUGCUGGGCCCUGAUUGGCUGUAUCCCACACAGCCACUCUAGGCACUUUGGAGGACCCUCUCCACUGCCCUUUUUGGCCUUCCACAGCCACAAGACCUUCAGCAGGGGACCUCAGAGGGUUUGGUAUACUCCGUCACAUCAUCCCAUCUAAAAAAAAUGUUAGAAUUGGAAAAAGUACAGAGAAGGGCAACAAAAAUGAUUAAGGGCAUGGAACAACUUCCAUAUCAGAAGAGACUAAAAAGACUGGGACUGUUCAGCUUAGAACAGAGAUGACUAAGGGGGGGAUAUGAAUCAUGAUAAAUUUCUAUAAAAUCAUGAGUGGUGUGGAGAAAGUGCAUAAAGAAGUGUUAUUUGCCCUUUCAUAAACAAGAACCAGGGUUCACCCAAUGAAAUUAAUAGGCAGCAGAUUUAAAACAAACAUAAGGAAGUACUUCUUCCCACAGUGCACAGUCAACCUGUGGCUCUCAUUGCCAAGGGAUGUUGUGAAGGCCAGAAGUAUAACUGGGUUAAAAAAAGAAUUAGAUAAAUAAUGGAGGAUAGGCCCAUCAAUGGCUACAAGCUAAGAUGGUCAGGGACACAACCCUGUGCCCAGGGUUCCCCUAAGCCUCUGCCUGUCAGGAGCUGGGACUGGAUGACAGGGGAUGGAUCACUUGAUAAUUGCCCUGUUCUGUUCAUUCCCUCUGAAGCCUCUGAUACUGGCCACUGUCAGGAGACAGGAUACUGGGCUAGAUGGGACUACAGGUCUGACCCUAUAUGGCCAUUUUAUGUUCACUCUCUUGUGAUUGGGCCCUUUAGCUUGAAAGCUCCUGUUCAUUCUCAGCUCCUAGUGAUGGCAAUGGAGGUUGAAGUUACUGAAUAGCUUUCAGGAUUGGGCCCACAAUGGUUUAGAGAAAAGAUGCAUCUCUUCCCUUUUUUUCAGUAAAGAUAAGUUUGUUGUGAGACAGCAGCCUGGUUUUGUCUACAUAAAACCACACUGUUACAAGUGACAGUAAUUGGAUUCAAACAACCCUUGAAAAUAUUUCCCCCCCAAAUGUUGGAAGCAAAAUUAAGCCCAGUGGAGUAAUGUUACCAUUUCCCAGGAGCAGGAAUGAGUUAAAGCGCAGCUACUCCAAACUUCUCACUUCAAUCAGCUCCUCUUUCAUAGCUUUAAAAAGAGGAUGUGACUGUCAUGCUGGUGAAAGGGGAACUGACAGCCCUAAGGAAUUAAGUUAUUUGUCUACACAUCAUGGGCAGUGAGAGUGGCAGCCUUCCCCUUUCAGCCCUCCUCCCCAGGUCUGUCUCCGGUGUGGUAGUUCAGUGUUUCAAACCAUUCUUCCCUCUCAUUGCUGGGGCUGCCCUUUGUGGCGGUGGCUUUCGUGUCCUGUUCCUGGGAACUGGAGUCUGUCUUUUUCAUAUCUUUCUUUAGUGUGAUUUCUCCUAGCCCAAGAAUUAUGGUAAUUACACAUUUAUUUCAAUUUCUAGACCAAAGCCACAGACGUAACCAUUGCCCUAAACCUUUGAAGUUACUGUGUCUUGUGGCACUGCUUUCCCUAACUCUGAAGAAUUUCUCUAAAACAAACUGAUCAGCGGACAGAAAAGAUGGUAGGUUUGGUGUAGCAUUUUUCUAGUCGGUCGGGGACAGCUAUGGAUUGAUUUUAUGGUUACUCCUUCCUUGUCCAGAAUGUCCCACAUAAAAUGCCUGAGGAAACCGUCAGGCUCAUACAUAUGGCAUCUAUAACGAUCUCUUAAGCCUUUUGUGUUGCCUGAACCUUUCCCCCUCUCCCAAUAAUUUAUAUUCAAGGUCCUUUUUCCAGCCUACUCAGAACAUGUCUGAGGAACCUGACAACUGUCUGAUUGUUCUGUUGUGAUUUCCUCUCCCUCUUCCUCUCCAACAAACUUUCUAGAUGAAACUUCUGUACUUUCUGAUCAGUCCCACCUCUCCUAUGAGGUUUGAAGAAUAAGGAAAAAUGAUGGAUCCCAUUAAAUUGUGAUUUUCAAGCGUGCUGAGCUCUGCAGCUCCCAUUGAAAAUCAGGCCACUGGGGAGAGGGUUUACAUGGUGUGUUCUACAUGCUUUCUGCUGAAGCACCAAUACAUUUUUAGUCCCUUUUCAGUCACUUAUAUGCAUCUCCACCUACUGUCCAUAGCACUGUCCUGCAGUCCACUCUACUUCACCUUGUUUGGGUUCCAAUUUCAGGAGUGGGUGAAAUUACUCCAUAUAGUGAAAGCUGCUGUAAUGUGGUGCAGUAAGUAACUCUACAGCCAGGAUCGGGCACUGUUUCAGGACCAUGUUUGGGUUGAAGUGUUUGUUUUGGGAGAGUGGAAUUCUGUGGGAGACAGGAAAGUAGAGAGAUUAGCGUAACAGCUACCAAAGAAUUGAAGGAUGAGAUCAUCAGCUGGUGUACUUCCAAGCCAAUGGAAUGACACAGGCAACCGAGGAUAUGGCCCCGCCUUUUCAAAACAAAGAAGAAAAUAUUUAUAUAGCAGAUGCUAAACUUCUGCUCCAGGGACCAGCAUCAGAGCUGUUACUUGACAUGACUAAGUCAUGACUCUUUGUAGUUCUUGCCUAUUAUGGUUUUCAUUAAGAAGCUGUAAAUACAAGAGAACAAAUUAAGCAAUUUAAAUUACGUUACUAUUGAUUGAACUUGCUAUGUAAAAUGCUGAAUUGUUUCUUUUUCAUCAUGUGCUGCCUGACUUCAGCUCCAUAAACUUUUAUAGCAUGUAUUUAUAUGUACUUUGGAAAUAUGAAUGCUCGUAAAAGUCGUAAUAAAAUGGUAUAUUUUACUGUACAUUCAAAAUGAA